AUGUCUGACGUCAAUGAUAUCACAGGCAUAGAAGAUGAAAAGCUUAGAAAAGCUUUAGUUCUACAAAGUAGAGUGGCCUCGCUCAUUGAAAGCUCACAACGUCUUCUAGAUUUAAGACGACCAGAACGUCCUCCUCCACACAUACCACUUGCACAGCGGCCUUUUGAGCCGGAUCGCACGUUGCUUACCAAGGAGCAAGUUCGAAUGUAUUACGCGUGGAGCUUGGACAGACUCCAUGGCCUAUCAGCUGUCGUUAGAGAAAACGUUCAGCGACGCAUGGACAAUGCCGGCGAUUCUACGGCUGAUGCCACAACAAAAAGGAAGCCGUAUCGUCACAUGAUCGACGAUUUCGAAAACAAUGAGUGGAAGAGAAUGCGCUGGCCAAUUGGUAGUAUGCAUAGAGAUGUUCUCGACAGCCUCAUGAACGGCAAUCUCAUCUCUCGACAACGCGAGGACGUCGAUUUCCGCGCUCGAACCGCAGAUAGCACACGUUUAGCUGCAAAUCCCGCGAUCUACCUACUUCAGAUCGUCAAUGUCGAAUUCCUGAACCAGCAACCGCGUCCCCACGAGGGCAAAGGUCUCUCUUGGCGAGAGUGGAAAAGAACGCUACAAGCGCUGACGCAGUAUCUGACUGAAUCAGAAGCAGGAAUUCAUGGAAGAGAUAGCUGGGUUGACCAAGUCGACGGCAGUCUCAUCGACAGAAGUCGAGAACCCUUCGGCAAGGACCAGAAAUGCAGAUUCCUAACUAACAAGCGUCAGAAGGAAGUGCUGCAUGAAUUCGUUCGAGCGGCAAAGGAAUUGUACGUCGACAAGGGACAGGCACUGGAAGACGUCAAUCCUGCAGACCCUGCCUUGGAUAUUACUCUGGCUCGUGUUCCGCAAGAAUGUCGAUUCUCAAACACCAUUUUCGGCCUCUUCCACUGCGUUCUUCGAGAGCUAUGGGGUAGGGAUAGAUGGGAAGUCGUAAGUAGCAAGCUUGUCGACGUCACUGACCCAUUAGAUGCUCCAGUGGCCGAAUGUCUCUGCUCUGAAAUAGUGCAGACAUACUGGUAUCAAGAUGGUUCAAAUCCUGCUCUGGCCGGAGGAAUGAUGGUUGCUGGUAAGACGAGAUCGUUAACGUCGGAGGAUUACAAGUACUAUUGGAAAGAAUCCAAAGAUGUUCUUGUACGGCUUAAUAUUCUUGGGGACAAUCUCGCCUACUACAAAAAGCUGAGAGAAGACACUGGGCGAACGUUGGAUGCGGUGAAGAUAUGCUCAACCGACCAGCGAUGGGACGAGAUUGAGAAAAGUCAAGGGCUAUUGAAAGCCCAACUUGAUCAUAUCAAAGAGCGUGCUGAUGCCAUUGUGCUCACUCCCCAUAUCGAAAGCAUUGAAGAAUGGGUUGUGGAGAACAACGCAUACCUGGAAAGCAAGUACCCUACGAAAGCAGGUGAAGCUGACAGGAGCGCUGAUGCUUGA